CGGUAAACAAGCGGAGCCGGGCGGAGGAGGCGCCGGGGGCGACAGUGGCGGAGAUGCCAAGCAGUAUCUGUUCGCUGGGCAGCUCGUCCAACACUUCCUCGGCCAGGUCCCGGUCUCACUCUCGCACCCGUUACCGGACCAAGGCUGCGAGUUCAGAAGUCGACGAGAGCCUCUUCGGGAUUUCCAAGAAUGCGCAGCUCUCCCGUCCAGGCAGCCCCAUCGUGCUCCUUCAUGAUCUGUCGUCAGCGAGAGGGAAAGCUCUGGGAUGGGGCCGCAAGCCCGAGACGAUCCGGCUUAUUACCCGAGACCUCAUUCGGGACCUGGUCGUCCCCACCGUGGACCCCUCAGGAGAGUCCCUGAUCAUCAGCCCUGAGGAUUUCCGGCGGAUUAAAGAGUCCUCUCGGAUCCUGACUAAGGAGGAGCGUGAAGCCCAGCAAGCGGCCAUCAGGGCAGAGCGAGAAGCCACCAUUGUCGCCGUGAACGAACGCAAGAAAUCCAUGAAGCUGAAGGAGAUUCUGCGGAAGAAAAACGAGAAGCUAAAUGACCUGGAGGAGGAGGCCAAGGAGCGAGCACAGUACCUCUUGGAACGGGCGAACCACCUCCGGAUGGAGCAGGAAGACGAGAUCAAAACGCUCGGCGAGACCAUCCUAGAAGCCAAGUGCCAUGCCAUUCGGGACGCCCAGAUCCUGGAGAAGAAGCAGAUUGACAAGGAGCUGACGGAAGAAGAGAUGAGAUUAGCCCGGCUGAUGGAGGUAGAAAGGCAGAAGGCCAACCAGAUUCAGGAUGAGCUGGCGCGGAAGAGGAAAGAGGAACUCUACAGGGGGAGGCGCCACCUCGUCAAGCAGAUUGAGAAAAACGAGGAAGCGCGAGCGAUGAAGGCUGAGCAACGUGACCAAGAGGCCCAGGAUAUGCUGGACUACCUGGAACGGCUGCAGUUUGAAGACGAGAGGGAAAUGGAACGCCGUAGGUUGGAGCGAUUGAGGAUCCAGGCUGAGAUCCGGACCAUCAACGACGAAAACCAGAGACGCAAAGAGGAGAAGCUGAACCAGGAGAAGAUGGCCGACAUGCGGGUGCUGGAGUACCAGCGGCAGAAAAUGGCACGGGAGGCCGAGUUUGAGGUCGAGCAGGAGAAGAUCCGCCGGGAGAAGGAAAUGGAGACGGCCCGUCUGCGGGCGUUGCAAGAAAAAGCCCAGGAUCACCAAGCAGAACAGCAUGCCCUGAGGGCCAAGCGCAACCAGGAGGCAACCGAGCGCGAGUGGCGCCGGAAGGAGAAGGACGCCACGCAGAAGAAGUUGCAGACGGGAGCCAUGUUGAAGCAGAGCCGUCUGGAACAAGUGGCGCAGAAGGAGCACAAUUUGGCCAUCCAAGUGCAGCGGGACCGGGCUGAAUUCGAAAGGAUCGUCAGAAUCCAGCGCGAGCAGAUCGAGAAGGAGCGGAAGGAGCACGAGCGCCGGGUGGCCCUCCAGAUGACCCACGCCGACGAACUCCGGCGCCAGGUGCGAGAACACCAGCAGAAGCAGGUCCAGGAGCGCAUCGCCAUCUUUGAAGAGGGCAAGCGGCUGAAGGAGGAAGCCCGCCGGCGCAGCGAUCGCCUGAACGAGAUCAAGCGGAGGAAGCUGGACGAGCUGCGGGCUGCCGGACUUCCUGAGAAAUAUUGUGUGCAGGUGGAACGCAAAGCUUUCGUUCAGUCCGUCCACUGAGCAGCCGGGAUGCUUUUUUAACUAGUUAACUCUCAACAUGUAGCCUAGAUUUUUAUUUUCUUAUCCUUAUUUGAAUAGAUC